AUGAGUUUACAGAGUAAGCUCCGGGCGAAGCUCUCACUGAGUAUCGGAGGGUGGUUCUCUGUGGUCCAUGUUGUGGCAGGGCCCCGUGGUCCGUGGUCCGUGGUCCGUGUGGCGGGCGCUCGGUGGCCGGUCGUCAGCGGUCAGUCCAGUGGUGUGCGUGGCGCGGGUCGCCCGUGUGUCAUGUUGUCUCUCGCGCUGCUGCUGUGCGCGCACGCCUCAGGUCGCGAACCGGCCGGUCGUCGACCCCGCACUCAGGAUAAGCGCUCCCAUAUCAAAUAA